GAAAUUUCCAGUAAAACAGCUGAUUGAUAAACAAAAUGCCUGUAAAGAAAUAUUUUCCCAGAAAAGAAAUUAAAAGGCUUUGCUUGGCCAGCAAAUUUGAAGUGGACAAGAGAAACUCAUCAUAUAAACAUUAUAAAUCAUUUACGUUAGAUGAUGAGCAGUACAUUGUGGGUGAUUUUGUUUUGAUUGCAAAUGAUGAAAAUGGAAAUGAAAACUUGGAGUCUAAAGACACUGCUUUUACAGCACAAAUUAAAGAUGUUAUUGAAAAGGAAUACAAGACAAAGUCAAAAAAGAAAGAAAUUGUUGCAGUGGUUACAUGGUACUGGAGACGAGAAGAGCUACCUGAUUCACAUCUAGCUUCGAUUGAAGCUCAUCCAUUUGAAGUUUUUAAGAACUUAACUAACAUCCCAGAAGAGAUUGAUCCUGAAACCAUAUUAGGAAAAUGUCAGAUAGAAACAAAAGCUGUGGAUGAAAUGAAAACUCUGAGCAGUCGUCAGAAAAAGAAUGAGCAAAUGAAAUUUUAUGUAUCACGAUCAUACAAUGGAAAAUAUUUUAUUCCUUUAAAACAAUCAAAUAAAACAGAAAAGGAUAGCAAGAUAAGGAGACAGUCUAUGCCUGCACAUAUUAAUGGAGGUGACAAUAUAGUAAAAGCGUUUUCAAGAAGAAGUUUGAAUAAUAUAAACAUUCAAGAUAAUGAAUGUAAGAGCUCAUUGUCCCCAGUAAAACCUCUACAGUCUGUUGUAGCUAAAGAAGUAGAAAAAAAACUAAUUAGCCCGAAAGCUUAUGGAAAUAAAUAUGCAUGUUUCAAGGGAGAAGAUGUCACAAAAUUUCUCAUGGAUGACGAUGCUUUUGAUACAGUGUCACUUAUAUCAGACAGUAGUAGUACUACCAGUAGUUCAUCUAGUGCUAGACGAAAAUCUUCAAGACUUUCUAUUAAUAGUAACAUUCAAAAUGAAGAUAGGACUUCAAAUGAUAAUUUGAUUGUAAAACCAAUUAAUAAAUCAAGUCCAGCAAUUUUGAAAACACCUAAAAGAAAACUUAGUUCGUCUUCAGUAGAAAGUUCAUUGUCAUCGAAGAAAUGUCGGACUGAACCAAAAAGACGAUCGGUUUCAUUUGCCCAUGCAGAUUUAAAAGCAAAAACUGUUAGUAAAAUACAGAAACAGAAGGUUGUACCAACAGUAGUAUUGAGAAAAGUUCAAGAUCAAUAUAUCUCAUUCCGUAAUCAGACUCCUGAAAGUGUAGACAGGCCUGUUACAACUAGAAGAAGUCUGGGAGAAACAUUUACAAAAAAUGAUACACCAAAACAAAACAGGAGUUUACGACAACGAAGGAAGAUAGAUUAUAAUGAGGCUACGGGAAAAGUGGACUUCGGUUUGAAUGAUUCUAAUGAUGUAUUUGUAAUGGAAGAAGCUAGUGAUAGUGACAAUGAUAGCCUUGCUAGUCUCAAACAACGAAGUAAUAAGAAGAAUUCAAGAAGUAAAUCAACACCAGAUAGUGAUAGUGACAAUGAUAGCCUUGCUAGUCUCAAACAACGAAGUAAUAAGAAGAAUUCAAGAAGUAAAUCAACACCAGAUAGUGAUAGUGACAAUGAUAGCCUUGCCAGUCUCAAGCAACGAAGUAAUAAGAAGAAUUCAAGAAGUAAAUCAACACCCGAUAGUGACAGUGACACUGAUAGCCAUGCUAGUCUCAAAAGACAGAGUAAUAAGAAGAAAGCAAAGAGUAAAUCAACACCAAAUCGUAGAUCUACUGCAAGUGAGGUAACACCACAUAUCCCUGGCAGAUCACGACCAUUGAUGUCACCGUCAAGUGUUUUGGAAGAGGCAAGAGCUAGGUUACAUGUGUCAGCAGUACCUGAUUCAUUGCCAUGUAGAGAAAAGGAAUUUGAAGAUAUUUUUAGUUUUGUAGAGAGUAAAAUAUUAGAUGGAACUGGAGGGUGUAUGUACAUAUCAGGUGUACCUGGCACAGGCAAAACAGCUACAGUCCAUGAGGUGAUCAGGGCCCUGAAUAAAGCAUAUGAAGAUGGGGAAUUAAGCCAAUUUAAGUACAUAUCUAUAAAUGGAAUGAGAUUAACAGAGCCUAGACAGGCUUAUGUACAGAUACUCAAGCAACUGACUGGACAGAAAGCUACACCUGACCAUGCUGCUGAUUUACUGAACAAAAAGUUUACAACACCUGGACCAAGAAAAGAAACCAUUGUUAUGUUGGCUGAUGAGCUUGAUUUGCUAUGGACAAGAAAACAAGAUGUUAUGUAUAAUCUAUUUGACUGGCCAUCACAGCGACAUGCUCGGUUAGUUGUCCUAGCUGUUGCUAAUACUAUGGAUUUACCAGAGAGGAUAAUGAUGAAAAGAGUUGCCAGUAGAAUUGGACUUACAAGAAUGACAUUCCAGCCUUACACUUUCAAACAGUUACAGGAGAUAGUCGUAUCCAGAAUGAAAGGGCUGAAAGCAUUUGAUUCAGAUGCUAUACAGCUGGCUGCUAGGAAAGUAGCAGCUGUAUCUGGUGAUGCUAGGAGAGCUCUGGAUAUCUGUCGUAGAUCUACUGAGAUAGCUGAAAAUAGAUCUCCUUCAAAGAAAACCAACAUCUUGGUUGGAAUGUCGCAUGUUGAUGCUGCACUUCAGGAAAUGUUCUCUUCUCCAAAAAUAGUUACAAUCAGAGGACUGUCAAAUCAAGAGAAACUAUUCCUGAGAGCAAUUGUAGCUGAGUUCACCAGGUCAGGAUUAGAGGAAGCUGAGUUUUCUAGGAUAUAUACACAGCAUAUAUCACUAUGCAGAUUUGAAGGUUUAACCCCACCAACCACUUCACAACUGGCAUCUAUAUGUUCAAGACUUGGUAGUAUACGACUGCUGUUAGUAGAACAUGGCCGCCAUGACCUUCAAAUGAGAGUGAGGCUCAACAUCAGUCAAGAUGACAUUUUAUUUGCUUUGAAAGAAAAGACAAAUGUUUGAUGAUCAUUGUAAUACAAAGCCAAAUGUGUUCAUGAAAAUAUAGUGUAUUUGUCUAGGAAUAUUUGUGUUUAUGGAAGAAUAUUACGAGGUGUUGGUUUAAUAUUCAUCAGUUAUAUAAUUUAAAAGAACAUGUGUUAUUCAAAGUAGGUGUUUAAUUGGCCGAAAGUUCAUAAAAGUCAUCAGUUACAUGAACAGUAUUUUUUAAUUCAAAGUUGAUCAUCAGUUUGCUGAAAUGUAUUUUUUUAAAACAUGAUUGAGGUUUUUUUUAAAAGAAUUGUUUUAUUUAUUAAAAAAGAAACAAAAAAAAUUACGGAGGUUUUAACUGUCAAUAAAUGGAAUGACUUAAGUAUUUUAUCUGAUUUAUGUAUUUCAUUAUAUUAAUAUAAAGAU